GUAAAUUCAGAUGAUCUGCGGCGUUUGAAUGUGAACGUGAUCUGACGGCUAACGCUCACCGGUGGGGGAAAAUAUACCGGUUUCACCAUCAAAUAAUAAACCAGUGUUGCUCAACAUGAGGGGAGAAACGGCUGAGAAUUCUGUGGAGGGGGACGAACGCGAAGAGGCAACGACAUCAGAAGUUGGCUUUGGAGAGAGACGGCCUAGUAUUGUGGCAUUGCAAAGCAUGCUGAAAAAGGUUUCCCAGAGUCCUUUUCAUAAUCUGCACAAGGGUGGUGAGCGGACACCUGCUGCUACAGAUGUGACGGGCAACCGUGCACCACAGGAGAAUGGAGUCAAUAAGAGUUUAGCCAGAGAAGGCAAAGGUGGCGUAACAGAGGACGAAGGGAGGAGAACUUCAGAGAAAGCCGACGUUGAUUCCAUCUUUGUCUCUCGACCUGAAUUUCAGAGCUCCCCUCUGGAUCUUCCCUCUGACGUUAAGACUGUGGAAAAUGGAGGCAUGUUUUCUGAGCCCAUGAACAACCUGUUCCAAAGCCAGAACCACAGCAAUGAGCAAGACCACGUUCAGAGAUUAACAUUAAGCAAUCACACAGCUGCUAAUGAUGUAACCCUGAACUCUCCAGACUUAUUUAAAGUAAGUCCAGCUCAGACACAGAGCCUCUCGGAGAGUUUGCAGUCAAAAAGCUCUGACCUCUUUAAAGGCAAAGAGGAUGAUCUUUUCCAGGCUGCUAAAGGGGAUGGUUUACUCCAGGCUGCAUGGGUUAAGGAGGUGGACCCUUUUGAUAAAUCUGCCAGUACUUUUGUCGACCCAUUCACAUCUCUGUCAAACAAGGAGAAUGAUCUGUUCCAGUUUCCAAAACCUGUGGUGGCAAAUCCAUUUUCUGCUGCCCCAGUCCAAGAAACAGAUUUGUUUCAUGCAGCUCCAACAAAGCAAAACAAACAAGAUACCCCAGCUAAAGAGAAGGACCCUUUUCAUUUGCCUUUUAAAGAAAGUUUGGACAUAUUUUCCUCUUCAUCCAUGAGUGCAGUCGAUCCUUUUCCAAGCCCAAUUGAAAAGGAUUUAUUUCGAGAUGUUUUCAGUUUGGAUGACCCUUUUGGUUCCACUCCCUCUGAGAAAUCUGAUGCUUUCCAGGAUGUUUCAAGUGGGACUCCAGACAUCUUUCAGCCACUUCCCUCAAAGAGCAAGAAUAAAGUUGAGAUGAUGUCCAGCAACAUUGACUCAAACUCCUCAUAUUUUUCACUUAAGAGUCCUUCAGAGAUGAAAUUUGAUGUGCCAACAUCUCCACACCUUUUAAAAAAAUCAAAAACUCCUCCACCAGUUCCACGAAAGCCUUUCCAAAAGCCACAAGAGAUUACCUUGACGACUCCUCAGGGAACCAAACACGAUAUUCUUCAGCCAACCCCCAUCAUUCAGGCCAGGGAUCUAUCUGCCUCACCCAGCCAGUCUCCAGCUGAAAUGAACAAUGUGCAGGUAUUUAAACGUCCCCUGAAGCCGCUUCCUCGAAUUCGACAUCGGCGGUCAGAAAAGUCACCUCUGUCAGAAAAGCCGCCUCGGCCAGAAAAACCACCACAGUUGGAGUCCCCUAGUGAACCUGAACCAAGUGUACCAGAGCUCUUUCCCAAGCCAUCCUUCAAACACCUAAAAGCAGUUACUCGCCAUAAACAAAACCGCCCGGAAAUAAAACCAGUGGAAUCUGAGAACUAUGUUGUCUUUGAGGACAUCCUGCUGAUUGGGCAGGAAAGGUGUGUGGAAGACUGGCCUGAUGACAGUCCUCAGCUGGACCCUGAAUACAAACCAUCUGGAAAAUUUAGACUUCGGAGGGAGUCAAUGAGGGUACAGGCUGAGUCUGAUGGAGGAAGUAGUGAAGACCAAGACAGGAGUCACAGCAAGAAAAAGGACAAGAAACACAGAAUGUUCCUAUUGUCCACGAGAGGGUCAAAGGGCAAGUUAUACGACAUGAAGGAGAGGAAGAGUAGCACGUUGCCCCUCCCAAGAAAAUCGUCACAGGACCAUUUUUCAGAUGUGCACAUGUCUGCAGGAGAGAUUGAUGAUGAGGAGCAGACUUGGAUGGACUACAAAAAGAAUCCUUCAAAGACUAAGGUUAAUAAGCUGCUUAGAAGAGCAUCCACUAACCAGUCAGUGCUAGAGGGAAAGAACCUGAAUGGACAUUCACCUCUGGAGUUAAAGAGAACUCCAGAUCAAAGCAGUGUUGAAGAUGAAGAAGAAGGGGAAACUAUUCAAAGAGAGAAAAAAAAGACAUUGAAACUCAAGUUUGUGCCACGCAGAGGAUUUGUCAUCACUUCAGUUAAGGCAAAUGAUGAAUCAAAGGGAGUUUUUGGUAAUACACCUCGCAAAGACUCAAAGGCGGACAUGCUGGAUGAGCACGAUCCAGAGCAAGAGAAGAGCAGCUGCUGUGCAGAGGCACUAGGCAGUGAUGCACUAAACGGGGUAGAUGGGUGUAAACAGAAAAAAUUUAAACCUAAACAUCCCAUUCCCACACCACGCAAGCCUAAGACGGCCAAUGGCCAGGCCGAACAGAUUGGAUUCAGCUACCUCACACCUCAGCAGGCAUCGAAAGAUGAGUUUGCUGAGGAUGAAAUGGACGAAGAUUUCAUGAGUCCUGGAGAGAUGCACGAUGUAGAUGAACAAGAUGAACUGGAGUUCUGCAAAGAGAAAAAGCCAUCAAAGCUUAAACUUCCCAAAAAAGGCAGGCGUAAGAGCAAAGCCACGUAUGCAGAGGAAGAUCCACCAGGAGCCACAUCUAGUGACUACCUGUCAGAGGCUGCCAGGGCGGAGUGGCGGGCCGCUCAGCUAGAUGAGCAGACUUUGACAGGCAAUGAGGAGGAGGACGAGGAUGGGGACACGGACAGUUUGAUGGAGUGGUGGAACACAGUGGAGCGAUGGGACGAGGUGCCGUCAGACGAUGAGGACAUGGUCAUGACAGUGGAUGAUUCGAGGUCAUUCACCAUUUUGGCAGACAAGGUUCAUCGAGGCCUGCGUGUCUUCAACAAGAUCUUCACAGAGCGAGCUGAGGUCCUCUGGGAGUCCAUCAUGGUGCUCUACACCAUCGCUGAUGACAUUAACGAGUUCCACCAGAAAGCCAAGAUUGCUGGCAUCACCGGCGGCACCACCACAGCUGUGGGCAGUGUGACGGCUAUUGCUGGCUUAGCUCUGGCGCCCUUCACCUUUGGUGCUUCUCUGGUAAUCACAGCUGUGGGUGUGGGUGUGGCGACGGCUGGAGGAAUAGCUUCGGCCUCUGCUGCCAUCUCGGAUAAUGUUAACAACAUGCAUGACCGGAAGAAGGUCGAGAUAGUGCUGCAAGAGUACGAGACUCACUUGCUGGAUAUUAGGAAAAUCCUCCACUUUGUCAAUCAGGGCUUGUACAAACUGCGUGGCCAUCCGUUUCUCAGGUCUGGCACCCAGCAUUACUCCGAGGACUGGGAGAUCCGUAGGGCUGUGCAGAUAAUAAGCUUAGUCGACUCCCCCGUGAUGCGAGCAACGGACAUAGCUGACGGAGCUGUGGCCUCGGUGCAAGCGCUCUUUGAAGGCAUGGACCAAUACUUCACCAAGGACACCAGGGAGCUUAAGAAAGGCUGCAAGAAGGAGAUGGUGUCUCAGCUUAGAGAACUUGCAGCUGUGCUCAAUGAAGCCAUAAUGGAGCUCAACACCAUCCGAGAGGAGCUUCAGGAGGCCACUGGAAGCAUUUGAGUGACUCCUGCAUGGUGACGUGUAUUUGUAAAAGAUUACUACCACCCUCUCCUGGCUACAUGAGUGAAUUGUUCAUCCAGUGCACGUCUGCAAUUUAAUAUGCAGUUUCAGACUGGUUUUAUUCCACAUACGUUUGCUGAAAACUGCAGAUUCUAGACUUUGGUUGGACCACUAAAUUGUACUAAGAGAAACAACAUGUAUGAAGCUUGUAAUGGUAAUUUUUGCUGGAACUCUGUAAGAAAAUUGAAGUUAUUUUAGAUGUUUGUGCUUUACAGAGAAAAUGUGGCAGUGCCUCAUAUUCACAAUCAAAGAAAUGUGAGGGUAACUGAAAUAGUUUAAUUUAUUAGAAUAGCUUAAUUUAUUGUAUUGUUCUGCUGCAAACAAGCCUGAAGUGUAUAAAGAAAAGCGACCUGGUUGAGAGCUCUUUUCUACCUGUGAGGUGUUAUUGCCAACAAAAUGUCAGCAAUGUUUUUAAUGCAGCUUUUUAUUGGUGAUUACACCACCACCCCACCCGCGUUAAAUUGGCCGCCUUUUACGUGGUUUUGAGAUGCCGUUUGUGCACAUGUAUCCAUUAUAGGUUCAUAUAGACAACACUUUAUUUUCAGAUUUCACAUUUUCAUUUUCUGCUCAGACUUUCAGUCUGUACAUAUAUACAAGCCUUUUUUUUUUUUUUUUUUGGAAUCUGUGUCUCUAUUUUAACUGCCUUGUUGAACCCAUCUGGUCACGUUUAUGAAUACAGAAAGGCUUUAGUUAAUUUGCUGCCAGAUAAAGCUCCUGUUGUGUGGAUCUUCCUGGGUUGUUUUUAACCUGAAUAAGACGUAUUUGUAAAGACCGUGAAAUAAACCAGUUUGUUUUAACACUGAACCAGAUCCUUUGCAAAUGUGUCCCAUUUUCAAAUACUGGCCCCAAGGUAUGUUCCCACACUGGAAAGAGGACUCAAAAUGUUAUGUACCAAGUGAACAGCUGAAUGACUAUGAAAUUUCAUUCAAUCUUAACAUAUGAACAGGUCUUUAAAGAUUUGCAGCACA